GCGCGACCUCGGCGUGCCCCAGGCCCCCUUGUCGCCAGCUUCGAGGAACGCGAGUGCCGCUAGUGGCUCGCGGAGUUUGGCGUCGAACUGCACAGGGUUCAAGGACAGUGCGGGCUCCAGUGGCAGUGUUCGUCCGAGCUCGUCGAUUGAGCCGUUCGGCCACAGGCAGAGCCUCGUCGCGCGGGCGAAGGACGCCAGGGAAUCUAUAUUCCCCGAGUGGGGCUGCAAGGACAAGGUGCUGUGCUCGAUGUUGGCUCGGGGCCUCGGCGGCGGCACCGCGUUGCGCAAGAGCGGGGCUCGACGCGGAGGCUUCCGGCUGCCGAGGCAAAAGGAGUCUCGAGCGGGGCGGGGCGGGGCGCCGACGGAGGGAGGCGGGGACCAGGCGGGGUCAUGCUGCGCCGCCCCCCGCCGCUUUUGCCCCACGGCAGGCCGGUUUCUGAAGGUGUCUGAACAGUUGCGGCCCAUGGCCGUGCCUGUCCACACGUUCCUUGGACGUGGGGCGCGGGAUUCGUGCCUUGUGUCGGCAAGUGUGCCAACGCUGUUCAGGCCAGCGCAAUCCCGAAGGCAUUGCCCCGAAUAG